AGUAAAAUGGGAUUAGAAUGAGAUAGGAGAGUAUGUGAUUGUGGAGUGGAGCUGUGCUCUCUAUUAUUCCUCAAUUAAUUAAUAAUUUCUUCAUUGAAGAAUCAAGACGAAACAAAAUUUGUAAUCCCAUUUCCAUCAUUCAUUAAUCUUGUAUCGAUCACAUGUUCGCCACCACUACUUUAAAUCCCACGUCUCUUACUUCUUCUCUCAUUUCCGGAUUCCCAUUUUCUCCGUCUUCACCAAUCCAAGGAGGAGCUUCACAAUCACAACACUUGCGCUGCUCCUUUUCACUACUCAAUAUGGAUAAUGGCGUUUGCCCGAGUUUGUUCCCACUGCACCGCAGCAAAACCAUCCACCUGGUGAGGCAUGCUCAGGGAAUCCACAAUGUAGAUGGAGACAAGAACUACAAAGCUUUCAUGUCUCCGGAAUAUUUUGAUGCGCACCUAACUCAAUUGGGCUGGCAGCAGGUUGACAACCUGCGUAAACAUGUGCAUUCAAGUGGCCUCAUAAAGAGCAUUGAUUUGGUCAUUACGUCUCCAUUGCUAAGGACCAUGCAAACAGCUGUUGGGGUAUUUGGUGGCGAGGCCUAUUCUGACAAGAUGGAUAUUGUACCACUAAUGGUGGAAAAUGCUGGAAAUAGUGACCAUCCUGCAAUUUCGAGUCUUGAUUGCCCACCUAUUGUUGCAGUUGAACUCUGUCGAGAACAUCUGGGAGUUCAUCCUUGUGAUAAGAGGAGAAGCAUUAGCGAAUAUCGAUGCCUUUUCCCAGCUGUUGAUUUUUCACUGAUAGAGAGUGAUGAUGAUGUAUUAUGGAAGGCUGAUGUCAGAGAGACCAAGGAUGAGGUUGCAGCUAGGGGAAUGAACUUCAUGAACUGGUUGUUCACACGGAAAGAGAAGGAGAUAGCAAUAGUUACACACAGUGGGUUCUUGUUCCACACACUAGCUGCCUUUGGCAAUGACUGUCACCCUCUUGUAAAGAAAGAAAUUUCUAGUCAUUUUGCCAACUGCGAGCUUCGUUCCAUGGUCAUCCUUGACAGAGGCAUGGUUGGGUCAGAUUGUUCAUCAACUAACUUUCCCGGAAAGAUCCCCUCGGGGCUGGAUUCUCCGAGUGAUGCCGCUGCAGAUGCGAAGAAGGAAGGGAAAGAGUGACCAAACUCGUUGCACCAAUAAAGAAUAUCUAAGCGAUGGAUGAGGCGAGAGCAAUUUAAGCACUCGUUGCUUCCAGGCCAUUCCGAGAAUCGACACAUCUCUUCAGAAAUAUGGUGCCUCUUCCUGAUUAUCUUCUUUGAAUAUUGAGUGCCUGUGCAGACAUGACUGAGUUUCUUCAUCAUCCUAUCUAUUAGUAUUUCCCACCAUGUGUGGUGAAUUUGUGGUUGAAUCAAUGUUUGAUUAUAAGCAUUUUAAAAAUUAGUGCUAAACUUUAGGAACUGAUUUAUUUAGUUUGUUAUUGUUAUGAUUUUGUUCUAGAUUUUAGGAGUCACUCAUUGUGUAGAGUGAUUUAGCAGUUGAUUUAAUUUCAGUUAUUCUACUUCUGUUAGUGGCAGAUAUAGGAAGAGUGGUAGAGAGUUUUUAGAAAUUUGUUAAGUAGUUGCCUAUAUAUAUGUUGUACUUGGAAGUUAUCAAUAUACAGAUUUUCUGCCA